AGACACACUCACUCGACGAACAGCUUUGCAACAUGUCAUUCUGCGGCUCCGACUUUCGCUUGUAACUUAUUUUGGCUUUCCAUACCACGCUGGACUAAGCCCCCUAACUUAAGUUGACCGGCGGAAGAAGGAUUGUUUUUUUUUACCAUAGCGCAGGUACAAUGAGCGAAUUCUGCUGCAGGUCGACUGAUUAAAGUUUUCUACAGGGUUGCAGUGUUUGCACCGUGGCCUGUGGUUCUGGACAGAUACAGCGAAGAAGACACGGACACUUUUGGACCAUGGAUUUCGGCAAUGAUGUGGAUCUGUCCAAUGAAAACAUCACCCCAUUGUGGAGACGCCGUACGGACAACUGUAAAACGGCCCAGAACUCAAGCAAGCCCAAACCGCGGCCCCUCAGUUAUCACAUAAACGGGGUCGCGACGACAGACUUCCCAGUGGAGGACAAAAGGCCUUCCUUCACCUUGAGUCAACCUGCUGAGAGACUGGUGGUCGCACCUCCCUGCUGCGACAAGAACAAGGCGGUGUUGAAGCACGUUCUGCACAAACCCUCUAAGAAAACAAGAGUCGUUCGAAGCAUCAGCAUCGGGCAUUUCUCCAACGGAUUGUUCUCACUGUCCAAAUUUAGGUCUCAGGAUAACCGAUCUGUUUCACUGGACAAUAGAGUGUGUAAUGGAGAUUGUGACCGAGGGAAACCCAGUAAUCAAGUGACAGUUUGGCCUGAGAAGCGUCUCCAGGAGACCCAGAAACGCUCAUCGAGUCCAUUCAGUUUGAAAACACAGACAGAUGGGAUAGCAUUUGGGAGCAGUUCACACGAGGUUCUUCCCCUGAAUGGCUGCUCUCCUGUUGUUCCUCAAUGCACUCAAAACAACAACAACCACCAUGAGCUGGCUUCCCUUUCAUCUGCAUCCUGCCCCUCUCCUCCAGCACGGCGUACCCCCACACCCUCCCACAGCUCCACUUCCAGUAUCCCCUCCCUCUUAUCGCUCACAUCGUCAGACCCCCCAACCCCACGCUCUCCAUCGCCAGCGGACCGGGGGCAAGCACUCCUCAGACAGUCCCCGUCCACGCCUUCAUCCUCACAGGACACAAGGCAUGCUUCAUCCAGUUCCUCCCUCUCCUCCACUUCACCCUCUCCCUCACUUUCUCCAACUAUCCCUCCGAGCCCCUCGAUCGUCCUCAGUACCCACAGCCCUGUGGCCCUGAAGAUGGGCACCCAGCAGCUCAUACCCAAGGGUUUAGCGUCAGACACGCGCCAGAACAAGAUGCCUAACUCCGGGUCGCAAGGCCAAGGUUUGGUAGGGCUUCUUGGUUUGGAUCAUUCAAAACGAGCUGUGAAAGCCCUCAGCAUGGUGGAAACAGGGAGCUACUUUUCUACAGGAGGUGGCCGAGGUGAGGGGACAGAUGGAGAAAGUGAGGGUUCAGGGAGUCUAAGAAGAGGCCUGAGAAGUACUUCCUACAGGAAAGCCGUUGUGAGUGGAGUAGACAUGGAGGUUCCGACGGUAGAUCCAAAGACUCUUCAGUUUACGGAGUCUGCUCUCGGAGGUCUUGAUGGGGUUAAACCAGCUUCACCGGUAAGCCCAAUAAGUCCUGGAACUGCAAGCCUCACUAGUCCUGGGACAGCCAAGCCUGUGAGCCCCGGGACACCAAAAUUGGCCAGCCCUGGGACACCAAAAGCUACCAGCCCAAGGAUUUUAAAGCCUGCUAGCCCUAUGAUUGAUAUACCUAGCAGCAGUGGAAAAAACAAGAGUCCAGAUAAGAAGAAAGUUUUGACAUCUCAGCCGACGUUUGACAGCGAGGAGGAGGAGCUGUACCAGAACUACCAGGAGAAGGCCUUGCAUAAUGACUCGGAUGAGGACGCUGAUUCCAGAGAGCCCAAACCUGAUAACGGCAUUGUUGUGCAGUACAGACCCAUUCGCAUCUCCUGGAGCCAGCUCAGCGUGGUUAAAAAAAGUGGCCUAUCAGAACGGAUGGGCCAGGAGGACCGCAAGAAACAAGAGGCCAUUUUCGAGGUGAUUUCCUCAGAGCACUCCUAUCUCCACAGCCUGGAGAUCCUGAUCCGUAUGUUUAAGAACUCUGCAGAGUUAAGUGAGGCCAUGACCAAGAUUGAACACCACCACCUCUUCUCCAACAUCACCGACGUCUGUGAGGCUAGCAAAAAGUUUUUUAAGGAACUGGAGGAAAAACACCAACAGAACAUAGUGAUCGAUGACAUCAGCGACAUCGUUUGCAGGCAUGCUCAGUCCAACUUUGAUCCCUACGUCACAUACUGCUCCAAUGAAGUGUACCAGCAGAGAACGCUUCAGAGGCUUGUGUCCAAGAAUCCUGCUUUUAAGGAGGUGCUGACCAGGAUAGAGGCCCACCCGGACUGCAGGAACCUCCCAAUGAUCUCCUUCCUCAUCCUGCCCAUGCAGAGGAUCACCCGCCUGCCCCUGCUCAUGGAUACAAUCUGUCAAAAGACACCUAAAGACUCAACACAGUAUGAGGAAUGUAAGAAGGCUUUACAAGCAGUCAGCAAGGUGGUGAGAAAGUGUAAUGAAGGAGCUCGCACCAUGGAGAGAACAGAAAUGAUGUAUACCAUUAACUCUCAGCUGGAGUUCAAGAUCAAGCCUUUCCCACUGGUCUCGUCCUCCAGGUGGAUGGUGAAAAGAGGAGAGCUGAGGGCGUUUGUGGAGGACAAUGGCAUCUUCCUAAAGCGCACGUCCCGACAGCAGGUCUAUUUCUUCCUCUUCAAUGACGUCCUCAUCGUCACCAGGAAGAAGAGUGACGAGAGUUACACUGUGAUCGACUACGCCCUGAGGGACCAGAUCUGGGUGGGCUCCUGCCAGCCUGCGGAUCUCAACCUGUCACCGGUCAGAAGCACCACCAGCAUGCUGAGCUCACGGCAAGCGGGCGCCAGCCAUCCUUUCCGUCUGUCUUUCCGAAGCAACCACUCGGGUGAAGAGGUGUCCAUGAUCCUGGGGACAGAAUUGAUGAAUGAGCGUGCUCGAUGGAUCAGCGCUCUGGGUCAGAAUGUCAACAAGGAGAAGAGUCAGGACAGAAAAAAUGCCAUGCAGGUGGAGGUGAUCAGAACUUACACAGCCAAGCAGCCGGACGAGUUGUCCCUGCAGGUUGCUGAUGUGGUUUUGGUGUCGCAGACUGUAGAAGACGGCUGGUACGAAGGCGAGCGACUGCGCGACGGAGAGAGAGGGUGGUUCCUCGCCGAGUGUGCCGAGGCGAUCACAUGCCAGGCCACCAUCGAGCGCAACAUGCAGAGGAUGGACCGCCUGCAGGGGCUGGAGACUAAUGUGUGAACCGGCUGAGAGAGGGUGCUUAGACCACAGAGGGGCUCUUCUGAGAAUCUUUGACACACAAGUGACCUUUUUUUUUUUUUUUUUUUUUUAAAGCAGCCAACCCAGACGAAAUACAUUCAGCAACAGCAUCAGUGACCUGCCCAAAGGGAUCUAACAGAGACCAGUACGGCUGCUUUCUGGACCUCAGAUCAGCUUCCACUGUCUGAGUUUGUCAAAGCGAACACUGUUCAGAGAAAACACAGGGGAAGAAGAGAGACUUUCUUAAUUACUGGUCGGUCUCUGUGUGGGUGGACUGGCUCCAUGGUGGGAUCUAUCACAUUCAUUAAUUUCCCUUGUUGGUUAGAAAACUUCACACCCACAGCCGGAGUCACUGCCUUCAGAUCCCUGCUGCAUAAGAAGCACCAGUGUGGAAUGUGUAAAGUUUUUGUUAUCUUUUCAAACAUAUUAUUUCUUUUGAUGAAAGUAAUGUGCAAUGAAAUAACUGCAACUACAACCCUCCCCCCCCCCCCACCAUAGGAGGUAAAGUAGACCGAAGAGUGUGAAAAUGACGGCAGCCUGAUGUGUGCUGUGUUAAUGAGACUCGGGUCAUGUGAACGGGAGCUUUGCCAGUAACAAUGACACUAUGAAGAUGUUGAUUGUGAAAGUGAUAAUAAGGCUGCAGCGUGGGGUUUGGCAGCCGAUUCUGCACAGCGUUUGGGUUCAUGUAGAAACUUAUAUCAGUGUUUUUGUAGCAUCUGUUAGCGAUGAAAGUAUCAGAGUGAUAAUUAAAAGACAACAUGAUCUGGUUUUGUUAAGCUGGAAAAAGGAAAUGAAUCUGAAGCCCAUGGCACUUAUUGUAAAUAGUUUAAGUCAUAAUUAUUUGGAUGAUAUAAAGCCAGCUGGGAGUUAUCGUAUGUCAUCUGUGGGCUAAGUAUCUGUUUUCUUACCUGGCUGUUUGUCACCAGUUAAUGUCAACAUCAUGAAUCAAACUCUCCGGGUUCCGCCACAAACGCCAUUUUUCUCUCCAUCCACUCAAUGAUUUGGACAGCUUGAAAUAUUGCACACACUUGAUGUCAGCCAAGGGUGUAUUUCUGAAUAUCUCCCUUAGGAUUUAUAUCUGUGAAGUUCAAGAGGAAAGCUGAAAUGAAUUUUGGUGUGAGCCCACAGUGGGUCUGGAAGAGAUGAGCUGCCCAGCUGUCCAGGGUGGCUGAUCUUUUCAGCCCAGCCUCAGGAAAGAAAAAAAAAAAUGGCUUGGUCAGUGUGGCCAUAACGGCCAUCUAUUAAGCCAACGCUGCUCUGGCACCUGCCCAAAGUGUCACAACGGCAACUUUUGAGCGACAUGAAGCGAGGUGUGACAGUAAGCCGGCAGAGCAGCCAGCAGGAAGGACACCAGACAAAGUUCAGCACUUUGCACUCAGGGAAAAAUUAGCUCGGAGCAUGAACUGACCUGGAUUUCAAUCACUUUCUGUAACUAUUGUGAUUCCUCCGUGCACAUGUAAAUAUGUAAAACAAGCCUGAAUUGUAAAAUGUAUGUUUUCCAAAAGACAGAUUUAUAUCGAGAAACUUGCUUUGUCAACCUUAUAUAUUUGAAUCUGCCACCAUUAAUAAAAAAGCUUUAUCGCUCGA